GUGAAGAUGGCGGAAUCAUAUCAGAUGUUUCGGCUACUUCCCAUUUUAGUAUAUUUUUAGAAAUAUCAUAUAUAAAUAGUGUAACUCACCCAAACCGUUACUUUAAUGCUGUCUUUCGGAAAAAUUCGACUUGAAAAUGAGUAAAGGUUGUUGGAAAUUUGACGAUCACGACAAAGCUCUGUAUAUUGACAUCGAGGAAGAAACGGAGGAAGAUGGAAAAUUAAAAACUUAUAGUGCCUGGGACCAAUUGCCAGAUAUUUUACUGGAGGAAAUAUUUUCGUAUCUAUCAAUCCGUGAUCGUUAUUAUGCUGCCCUUGUAUGCCGUUCUUGGUAUCGUGCAUUCAAAUUAAACAAUGUCUGGUCCACAUUCACAUUGGAAGAUACAACACUCACACGUGGAAAAUUUAAUUACUACAGUGGCUGGCAAUAUGUUUUGGAUCACAUGAGAACAUCAGCAUGUUUGAACAAAGUUGGCAAAUUUUUCAGAUGUAUCAUAUUUGAACCAAUGCUGAACUUCUAUAAUUUAUAUGAAUUUAUGAAUAUGGUAUCAUGGUAUACUGAAAGACAAGGCUGUGAUAAUACAUCUGUUGCUGGUGUGGGUACUUAUAUUCGGAGACUAAAGUUUACAUUUCCUUGUAAUAUGGCCAACCGGGAUGAUGCAGAUCGCAUACGAGUUUUUGGCACUGGAGGAAAGUUAUUGCAAGCUUUGAAAAGGCUCAUGAGUAAUUUGAUUAAUUUAAGAUGCUUAGAAUUGAUAGAUUUGAUGUUGGACAGCAUUGAAGCAAUACAUUUGUUAGAUGAUGUUUGUACAAUGUGUACUGAAACUUUGACGACAUUGGUAUUGAUAAACACAACACGAUAUUACUGUCCUCUUUUGCAUGUGGGAGUGUUCCUUAAUUUGAAAGUUCUAGUCAUUAGCCCACAAAAUCUCGAUGAGGAUGUAAUAGAGUUGCUUGGGUAUACAAAAUUACAGCAUCUACACAUUAUACAAAAUAGGUACAGUCCAAAGGACAGUACAGUACAUUUGCCAAAAAGUAAUUCAUGGGCAAAAAUGCGAAAGCAUAAUCCUGUUUUAAAAGUACAUUUUGAAGUAGAAAGUCAUAAGCCUACUGACAUUAUUUUGCCUAUCGACUUAUUGGAGCAUAGUGACAUACCAUGUCAUAGUGUAGUACUGGAUAAUCCAAAUACACAGCAAUCACCAUUUACUUUGGGAGCUCAUGGAUCAUAUUUCGAUAGAACUCUAAGGGUCUAUGCCUUUAAGGGACUGUCACGGUACUAUUUACAUAAGAAUUUUGCGAAAAGACUGGACGAAGCGAUAGUGCGGCUCUGCAAGACUUGUCCAAAUCUUCACACAUUGAUUAAGACUUGCAAAUACAAUGAUAUGGGACCGAGGAUUUCUUAGAUUUCCUGGAUAACGUAAUUUAUGAUUGCUAGUAUUAAUUAGCAACACAUGUAAUCCUAAAUGAUGUAUCUAAAAAGUAAUUAAUAAUUCGAUUUUGGAAUAUUAUUAGUGGAUACUUCGUCGAGCCGGUAUUGUACCAGGGUUAGUUAUUAGUAUUUUUAAUCAUUUACGUUUCAAAACGAUAUUUUACUACACAAAUAUUACUAAAUCACUCAGAUUAUCAAAUUUUAAUAUGUUCUAUUGACAUCAAGAUAACAUUUUAUUAAUUGAAAUGUCCUCGAUCGUUGUAUGCAUUAAAUCUGCUUGCCAAGCUAUAGGUAUAUGCCGUUACGGUCUCACUCUGUGAUUCUUGUAAUGCAAUGAUUUGUUUGAUUUUUAUCAUCCCUGAUCAUUGACAGUAAAUUGACUGUGCAACCUCAUUAAGAUUUCUUCUUCUCAGCUUUAGUGUUCGUUGUUUUAUUGUGAAAAUCAUUUUCAAGUAUUUACAUAUAAGAAACUUAUUGGGCAUGGUCGUGCAAAUAUUCUUUAUGUCUGAAUUUUCUCCUUUCAAUGAUUAUUGCCUGAUCUAUAAUCAGUGCAUAGUUAAAGUUUUUUUUAUCAUUCCUGCAGAUGAUCCGUGACAAAAUAUCGACAGCUACUAUUCUAGAAAUAGUUUCCACAGCAAAAUCUUUACGAUGUUUGUACGUGCGGCGCAAUGUCAUUCUAAAAAGAUGUGAUAGAGACUGGUCAAAGAUCGCUGAUUGGUUGCCGGAACACUAUCAGUGGAUAAAAGUGAAUAGUCGUAGUUACGAGGCCACAGAGAGAGAAGUUUCCAAAAUUUUGGGCUAUCGAUGGCAAAUGCUUUCCGAGAAGGAAUUCAAACAGCAACGAGUCAAUUUGCACAUAUAAAUCUGUUAUAAUAUUUACAGCACAAAAUUAAAGCAUGAUGGGUAAAACUUUUAUCAAAA